AUGGAAGACCUCGACUUUAGCUUCAUCCUCGACGAUGAGUUUGACGCAGUGGCCAUAGCCAAGAGGGAGGACUGGGAGGUCUGGAAGACGCGAAAGUAUCCGGCCAAGGAGCAUGCGCGCAAGGUCGCCCAGAAGCUCGGUGUGUCGGAUGGCAUCAUCUACUUGCCUGGCCAUCCGGAGCAGAACUACGAGGACUCGGACCAAGGGCCGCCAUUGAGACAGCGCCGAUACUUCUACUACCUGAGCGGCGCCAACUUCCACGACUGCUUCGUCACCUACGAGAUUCGCACGGAUGUCCUCAUUCUCUGGAUCCCCUAUGUCGAGCCGCGCCAGGUGCUCUGGUUUGGCUCGACGCCCGACACCGCCAAGGCCAAGCAGCUGUACGAUGUCGACGAGGUGCGGUAUUCGAGCCAGCUGCACAAGUUCUUCGAGUCGCGUCUUUCAUCGCCAACCGUGCUGUACGUGCUGCACGAGGACCAGGCGCCCGCCGUGGCCAAGGGGACCAAGGUCAAGAUCAACAGCUGGAUGCUGCAGCCCGCCAUGGACCGCGCUCGCUGCAUCAAGGACGAGUACGAAAUCGCCAUGAUCCGUCGCGCCAACGAUGUAUCCAGCGCGGGGCAUCGCAAAGUCGCAGAGAUGCUGCUCCGUCUCACCAACGAGCGCGAGAUUGAGUCCAUCUUCCAAGCCGUGUGCACUGCGCGCGGUGCCCGAUCGCAGGCAUACGACAUCAUUGCGGGCUCGGGCGUCAAUGCUUCGACGCUGCACUACGACGACAACAACCAACCCCUGGAAGGCAAGGAGCUCGUCGUUCUUGAUGCGGGAUGCGAGUGGCAAUGCUACGCUAGCGACGUAACGCGCACGCUGCCCAUCAAGGGGCGCUUUUCUACCAAGGGCGCGGCCAUCUACAACCUCGUCCAGACGAUGCAGGAGGAGUGCAUCAGCAAAGUCAAGCCCGGCGUCCAGUUCUACCAGCUGCACCUCCACGCCGCAGCCGUCGCCGUCGUCGGCCUCCUCAAGCUGGGCAUUCUCAAGGGCGACAUUGGCGAGGUUACCAAGGCCGGCACCGUCACCGCAUUCUUCCCACACGGGCUCGGCCACCACGUCGGCCUGGAAGUGCAUGAUGUUCCGGGCAGUCUUCCGCUGAUGACGCUCCUUAACUUGGGCCUCGAUGGCGGGAAGCGGCAGAUGAUUAAUGCGGAGGCGCUGGCCAAGAUGAGCGCCGCGAUGCGCCUUGGCGAUGGUGAGACGGCGACUGCGCGCGCCAAGGCAUUGAAGGAGAGGCAGGUGCUCGAGCCCAACAUGAUUGUCACCGUCGAGCCGGGCAUCUAUUUCUGCCGCGAGUAUAUUGAGGGUUACUAUCUCACCAACCCAGAUCACGCCAAGUUCAUCAACAAGGACGUCCUCGAGGGAUACUAUACUGUAGGAGGCGUGCGCAUCGAAGACGAUAUUCUCGUUGUCGAGGACGGCUACGAGAACUUGACGGCUGCUCCCAAAGGUCAAGAAUUGGUUGACGUUAUCAACGGCAAGAAAGGGCGUCAGUGA